GUGGCCUAGUUUAGUGUGAAGGAACUCUUUCAUUCAUUUGGUUCCUUUUAGCAUGCACUUGGUUUCUCAAACUGCAUUUGCAUAGAGUCUAACUUGAAAUUCAUGUAAACAAUGUGCAAGACAAUUCAAAUGCAUGGAUUCCCAUCAAAUGUUUCUGCUGAAGAUGUAAGGAAAUUUUUGGAGCAAUAUGCUGGUUUCCAAACUGUUCUUGCUAUAGAGAUUGAGCAGCAUAAAGAUGGAGAACCUUGGAGACAUGUUAAUAUUCAAUUCACAGAGAAAAGAAGUGUUGAAACUAUCUUGGACUUGAUUGCUAAUAAACACCUAUCUUACAAUAGUGACUAUGUUCUACAUUCUAAAGUAAUAAAACAUGACAUUUUGCCAAAGCCAAGGAUCUUUGCUUAUAACAUGGAUGCUAUUGGAGUACACUUUGGAUGUCAAACAUCUAAGGGAAAACAUAGUGUACUUUGGGAACAUCCAAAUGCUUCUGUUAAAUUUGGAGCUAGAUUAAGGAAGAUGUAUAUGUUUUUUCAAUAUUUGUCUAAGGACUAUAAGUUGAUGAUUAAUCUCGAGAGUAUAUCGCGAAUUGAGCUGCAUCACUCAUGUUGUCAGACCAAGAAGCUUCUCCUUUUUCAGUUACGCAGCGCUCCUCAGAUAUACGAAAAAGACGAUUCUGAAAGCAAUUAUUUUAAGGAAGCUUAUGACAGCCAUUGGUUUAGAUCAGUAGAUUUCACUCAAUCAUGCUGCAUUGGACAAUCAUCAGCUUUAUGUUUAGAUCUUCCACAAAAUACCGAGGUUCCGAAUUUUCGUCACCAAUAUCGUAAUUAUUAUAAAGUUGACAACACCUUGGAUCUUGAGAAACAACAUGAUUUCUUAUCUAACUUGAAUUUUGUCCCUAUGGUGAUUCCACCAGAAGCUCUCAACUUGCCAUACAAAAUUCUCUUCAAAAUCAACUCAUUAGUCCAACAUGGUUUUCUUCCUUUGCAAGCAAUUCACACCAAUUUUUUUCAUAUGAUUGAUCCACAAAGAAUUAAAGAUGCAUAUAUAGAAAGUGCUUUGAAUAAACUAUAUCAGAUGAAAGAAUGUUGCUAUGAACCUAUACAAUGGUUGGAGAAAGAAUACCAAAGAUACUCAACAAAUAGUUCGAUUCCAUUAUCUAGUACCAUUUCAUUGGAUAAAGGGUUGGUGUAUGUGCAUAGAGUACAAGUAACUCCAUCAAGAAUAUAUUUUUGUGGUCCUGAAGUAAAUCUUUCGAAUCGAGUUUUGCGCAACUUUGCUGAUGACACUGAUAACUUCCUUCGCGUUUCAUUUCUCGAUGAGAACAUGGAUAAACUCCAUUUGUUCGAUUUGAUUUCGCGUUCGUCUAUUAUUGAUGUGGAAAGAGAAACAAAGCUUCAUCAAAGGGUACUUUCUACACUAAAAAAUGGAAUAUCAAUCGGUGACAAGAAGUUUGAGUUUCUUGCUUACUCAUCAAGUCAACUACGUGAUAACUCGGUGUGGAUGUUUGCAUCAAGAAAAGGACUAACUGCAUAUGACAUAAGAAAAUGGAUGGGAGAUUUUCAUGAAAUUAGAAAUGUUGCCAAAUAUGCAGCAAGGCUUGGUCAAUCAUUCAGCUCAUCAAGGGACACAGUGAGUGUUGGAAGAAAUGAAAUUGAGAUCAUUCCUGAUAUAGAAUUUAAAAGAGGUGAAAUCAAAUAUUGUUUCUCUGAUGGAAUAGGGAAGAUAUCUUAUGAACUGGCUCAAGAAGUGGCUGAACAAUGUGGCUUCAUGGAUCAUAAUGUUCCAUCAGCUUUUCAAAUCAGAUAUGGUGGAUACAAAGGUGUUGUUGCUAUUGAUCCUACUUCAUCAACUAAACUUUCCUUGAGAAACAGCAUGUGCAAGUUCAAGUCAGAAAACACAAAACUUGAUGUCUUGUCAUGGAGCAAACACAAACCAUGUUACCUUAACCGUCAAGUAAUCGUUCUAUUAUCCACGCUCGGCGUCAAGGACCGAGUCUUUAAAAGGAAGCAAAGGGAGAUUGUUAAUAAACUCAAAAUGAUAACAAGAAAACCAUUCAAUGCACUAGACAUGAUGUCUUAUGGAGAUAUUACAAUCAUGUUAAGGGAAAUGAUCAUUUGUGGAUUCCAUCCAUCAAAGGAACCUUUUCUUUGCAUGAUGUUGAAAACAAUAUGUGCUGCAAAGUUACAAGAGUUACAGCUCAAAACUAGGAUAUUUGUUAGGAAAGGAAGAGCUUUGUUAGGAUGCUUGGAUGAAACAAGGACUUUGAAAUAUGGAGAGGUAUUUGUGCAAAUAUCUCUUCCAAGAAAUAAGCAAUCAAAGGUCAUUGGAGCAAAAAAAAGUAAAUAUAUUGUUAAGGGGAAGGUAGUUGUAGUCAAGAAUCCAUGUCUUCACCCAGGAGAUGUAAGGAUUUUGAGGGCAAUUGAUGUACCUUCCAUACAUCAUAUGGUAGACUGUGUUGUUUUCCCACAGAAGGGAAGAAGACCACAUCCUAAUGAAUGUUCAGGAAGUGACUUGGAUGGAGAUAUCUACUUUGUCUCUUGGGACCCUAGUCUUAUUCCUACUCAUCAGGAAAAUCCAAUGGAUCAUUCACCAUCUAAAGUCCUGAAUGUGGAUCAUGAUGUCACAUUACAGGACAUAAAGGAGCAUUUCACCCACUACAUAGUUAAAGACAGCUUAGGAAUCAUUGCAAGUGCACACACUGUCUUUGCUGAUAAGGAUCCUGAAAAGGCAAUGAGCCAUUCAUGUAUAGAGCUGGCAAAACUACACUCAAUCGCCGUCGAUUUCGCAAAAUCCGGUGUGCCAGCCGAAAUACCUCAACAUCUACAUAUAGAACAAUAUCCAGAUUUCAUGGAAAAACAAGACAAACCAAGUUACCAAUCAAAUAACAUAAUAGGAAAGCUUUACCGCGAAGCGAAGAAUGCUGCACAACAAAAGAGUCUCAAAAAGUCAUUCACUAGAAAAGCUGCAAGAAAAUUAUAUGAUCAUGACAUGGAAAUUGAUGGUUUUGAAAAGUAUAUAACUAUUGCUUGUGAAUACAAGCACAUGUAUGAUUCCAAGUUGUUGAACUUAAUGGAUUACUAUGGUAUAGAAACAGAAGGUGAAAUAAUUAGUGGCAAUAUUUUGAAGAUGUCAAAAUCUUUCAAUGAUAGAAAGGAUUUGGAAGGAAUAAAUCAUGCUGUGAUUUCACUUAGGAAGGAAGCUAGAAAUUGGUUCAAUGAGAUGAUAAACAAAUCAAAUUCUCAAGGUGAUGAAUCAUAUGCUAUUGCAUCUUCUUGGUAUUAUGUAACAUAUCAUCCUAGUUAUUGGGGAUGCUACAAUGAGGGAAUAAAUAAGGAUCAUUUCCUAAGUUUUCCAUGGUGUGUGCAUGAUACUCUCAUCCAAAUCAAGAAGGACAAAGCUAAUAGAAGAAACUUUGGAUUGAAGGUUUGGACAAUAGUGAAAAUGUUUGUCAUUAUAUUAAUGUUAUGCUUCUUGAUGUGGACAAUACAGCAUUAUCAUCUUAAUGAAUUUGUAGCUAAAUAGUAUUACUAGUUCAAAUUACUUAUUAUAUAAAUUUAUUUCAUGUGUAAUAAUAUAUACUAUCCAUUUAUAUAUUUAUUUGGUUGUCCCUUUUCUUAUUC